UACACCCUAUGUGACACCCAUUAAAAAAUGCUACGAUAAAGCAGCAGUGGCAGCAGAUGCAGAAAUUUGCUCAGAUAUUGGAAGGGACAUUCUGGAACGCAACGGUUCAGCAGUGGAUGCUGCUAUCGCUGCUCUGCUCUGUGUGAGUGUGAUUAACCCACAGAAUAUGGGCAUCGGCGGAGGAGGUGUGUUCACCAUAUACAAUGCAUCAAAAGGAACAGUGGAGACAAUUAAUGCUCGAGAGACUGCCCCAAUGAGUGCUACAGCAGACAUGUUUGACAAUGAGCUCCAAAAAACAAAACCAGGAUUAUUAAUAGCUGUACCAGGAGAACUGCGUGGUUAUAAAAUGGCACAUGAAAGGUAUGGGAAACUGCCAUGGAAAGUGCUGUUUGAACCCAGUAUAAAGCUGGCAUCAGAGGGGUUUAAGAUUGGCAAAGCCCUGGCCAAUACCAUCAAAAAGGAAGAAAAGAAAAUUCGGAACAAUAUAGCAUUGCGAGAAGUGUUUUGCGACUCAGACAAUAAGCCCUUGAAGGAAAACAAUAUUACCAGAUUUCCAAAACUAGCUGAAACCUACAGGAUAAUAGCAGAGGAAGGACCAGAUGCAUUUUACAAUGGGUCACUGACUCAGAGUAUAGUGUAUGAAAUCAAAGCUGCCGGAGGAAAUAUCACACGUGAAGACCUUAAGGGUUAUAAGCCUGAUCUGCAAAAGUAUGCAUUGAACUUUACAGUGGGGAAAUACAUAUUUCAUGCUCCAGCUGCUCCAUUCGGUGGACCUGUGCUCGCUCUGAUAAUGAAAACACUCCUGGGCAAGGGUACAGCAGAUUCUUCAGGUUUCAACCUCUCAAACAAAAGUGUGUCCACAACAGGGAAUAAGACUUUGACCUAUCAUCGCAUCAUAGAGGCUUUCCGCUUUGCUAAUGCUCAGAAGGCAAAACUGGCAGACCCGCUUUAUGAAAACAUCACUGAGCAUGUAAAAAACAUGACCUCAGACAGCUUUGCGGACCUCAUCAGGAGUAAGAUUAAAGAUGACAUCAAACAAACCAGCUAUGAUGACCAGGUCAUUAAAAUUGUACCUGAUGACCACGGUACAUCUCAUCUGUCUGUCAUUGCUAAAGACGGCAGUGCAGUGGCGGUGACCAGCAGCAUUAAUGACUAUUUUGGCUCUGGUGUGAUGUCAUGGUUAACGGGCAUUAUAUUUAAUGACCAGAUGUCGGAUUACAUUGGUUCUGAGAUGAAAAAUGGACCUAACAAAAUUAAACCAGGUAAAAGGCCACUUUCAUCAAUGUGUCCCACAAUAAUACUAGACAAAGACAGCAAAAAAGUCCGAAUGGUGGUUGGAGGAGCAGGAGGGACCAAUAUCACCACAUCUGUUGCUCAGGUGAUCCUGGACCACCUGUACUUUGACUAUAGCCUGCUGGGGGCUGUUGCAGAACCCAGAGCUCAGGUCCCACAAAAUGUGACAAAUGUGGAGGAGGGAUUUGAUUCGACAGUAAUUGAUGGCCUGAAGAAGAAGAAUCAUCAAAUUCUUCAGAAUACUGAAUUAACAAUGGUUCAAGUGGUUGGACAGGAAGGGGAUCAAGUCUGUGCUGUAUCUGACACCAGGAAUGCUGUAUACUACAGGCUAAACACUGCUUCUGUGAAAGGGCUGUCCAGUGACAGCUACAUAAUUAUUUGUUUGGGUGUUUUGUGGAUGCUAUUAAACGGGGCUUAAAAUUUACAUUUGCCAAACACUAAUGAGCUGGUUAGACACAAAAUUAUUUUUGUCUAAUUACUAACUCUGACAUUAUGUAAAUCACAU